GGCGGUCGUUCAAAAUUCGAAAUUCAUAUGAAAAAAGCAAUAAUAGUACAGUAUAUGCCAAUUUCAGGAUUUCAAUUUCUCUCUCCCUCCUCCUCCGCUUUCUCUCCUCCCUCUCUCUCUCUGCUCCUAUCCCGCUGACCAUUAAUGGCAAUACCAUAGCAGCACUGAAUAUCAGUUUCAGGUAUUUCUUCCAAACCCUAAUUCACUCUUCAAUUCAAUAAUAGAUCCGUUAUCUUUUCUAUUUUUUCUUUUCAUUUCCUUUCACCGAAGGUGCAAAACCACCUGUCUUAAAUCCCAUCUGCUCUAAUACAGUCCACAGAAAAUAAGUCAAAAUAUUCCAGAUCUGAUAAAUUUUGUUUCAUGCGUUGUAAGCUGCGGCGUGGGCUAAAAUUUUGUCUAUUAUUGAAAUUUUUCUUAAGAAGUAGCUGAUAGAGUUAUGGUGAGAGAACAAAGUAUUGAAUCAUUUUAUACCAAAUUGCGGGAUUCAGCUCUUGCUUCAGCUUCCACGUCGCCGCUGCUAGUUUUCCCCUCAACAUCUGAUGUUGAUUCGCUCUGUGCUCUCAAGAUAAUAGGACAUGUCCUUGAAUCUGAUUCUGUUAGAUAUGCUUGUUAUCCCGUUUCAAGUUUUAGAGAGAUUCAUAAGUACACUGGGGAUAAUCUAGGGUCAGCUGCUGACGAGCCUAUUACAAUUUUGCUGAUUAAUUGGGGGUGUCAAAGGGAUCUUAAGAAGGUUCUAGAAAUUGGUCCCUUAGCACGUGUUUUCGUAGUGGAUAGUCAUAGACCUAUACACUUGCAUAAUUUGAGUGACCAGAAUGACAGGGUUAUUGUCCUAUAUACUAAGGAUGAUGAGGACCAGGCUGAUUUAGCGUAUGAUUUUGAUGUUUCUGCUUUGGCAAAUGCUAGUGAUUUGAAUAGUGAUGAUGAGUUUGAAGAGGAGUCGGAUAGCGAAGAUGAAAAUGAUAGUGAGAGUGAGGAGGAAGAUGGAGGUGGGAUGAGGAAGAAGAGGAAGGUUUCUCAGGAAAACGAGAGUGACCAUGUUAAGCUUUUUGGGAAAUUAAAGAGGGAUUACUAUUAUACGGGUACCUUCCAUGGGAAGCCAUCCGGUUGCUUGAUGUAUGAACUGUCCCAUUUUUUGAGAAAGAACACGAAUGCAUUGCUUUGGUUGGCCUGUGUAGCUUUAACUGAUCAGUUUGUUCAUGAGAGAUUAACUGAUGAGCGAUAUCAAGCUGGGGUAAUGGAGCUAGAACAGCAUAUCAAUAGCUCAGGCAAUUUAGACUCUAUUACCUCAGUAACUCUCAAGGAUGGAACGAAGGUCACGGCACCAAAUUCUUCGAGGAUUGCAUAUGAGUAUGAACCAAGGUUGAUGUUGUUACAAGAGUGGAACUUGUUUGAUUCAAUGCUGUGUUCGUCCUACAUCGCAACUAAAUUGAAGACAUGGAGUGACAAUGGGAUUAAGAAGAUGCAGCUUCUUUUAGCUCGAAUGGGUUUUGCACGUGAGGAAUGCAAACAAAAGUUUCAGUACAUGAGCAUUGAAAUCAAGAGGAGAAUGAAGGACAUGUUUGAACAAUAUCUGCCGGAGUUUGGGCUCACUGAUUUCUACUACAGAGGUUUCUUGUUGCUUCAUGGGUAUAGUUCAAAAGUUUCAGCAGCGGAUGUGGUGUAUGGGGUUACUGCGCUUCUAGAGUCAUCUGUAGAGUCAGAUGGCUCAUGUGCAUCCAGGCAGUUUGGGGAGGCGUAUGAUGCGUUGUCCUUGACAAAGCUUGAGAAGUUGGAAGCUGGAAUGCGACAAGCUAUCAAGGUUCAAAGGGCAAUUCUUAGACAAGGGAGUGCAGCAAUAACCAAGAAAGGUUCUAUAAGAAGUGGGAGUAAAUUUAGGUGGGUGAAGCUUGAAGACUCGGCAGAUGCAAAGCUCCUGUGUCACCCUCAGGCUUUAACUAAAUUUGGUUACUUUUUGAUGGAUGCUCUACGUGAGAAAGGAGCAAGGAUGAAACCAUUGAUCUGUGUUUGCUACACUCAGGAACGAAGCAAAGUGUUGAUUGUAGCAAUAUGUGGGAAGCCACGACUUGGUGCAGUCCAAGGAAAUGCGUUUGGGCUUGCGUUCAGUAGUUCGGCUGAAGAGACAGGGGCUGAGUUCUUCCAUGAACUGUUUGAAUCAUCAUGGAUAGUUUUGGAUGCAGUUGCUGUCAAUUCGUUCAUGAUCAGGCUAACAGAGAAACUUUUGUGAUGAGGUUUACUUGAACAUCCUUUCUUUUUACCAUUUAACUGUAAUUCUGUCCUUGAUAGAUGUUUUUGUUCACUGUGAGCAAACUCCCUUCCGUUGUACUCAUCUAAAAUAAUUCGUUAGUUAUGAAUUUAGUUUACAUGUAUAACCAAGUUGGCUGCUUCUCUUCAUUGUUUGUUACAACACUUAUUUUCACUUGUA